GAACCCACUCGGUCGAGGCUGCUCGAUCUGGUAAGGGAGUUUGCUGAUAUUUUUGCUUAUACAGCUGAGGAGUUAACGGGAAUAAGUGCAGAGGUGAUCGAACAUCGACUAAAUAUCGACCUCAGCGUGAGGCCGGUGAAGCAGAAGAGGAGGCACCACGGGGCGGAGAUGGACAAGAUUAUCGAGCAGGAGGUCGAGAAACUGUUGGGGGCGGGGCAUAUUAAGGAGAUUCAGUUCCUUGAGUGGCUAUCGAAUACGGUGAUGGUGUCGAAGUCGGAGGGAAAAUGGAGGAUGUGCAUUGAUUUUCGUGACCUGAACAAGGCAUGCCCGAAGGAUCUAUAUCCACUGCCCAGAAUCGACCAGCUGGUUGACUCCACAGCAGGUUGCGAGUUGCUGAGCCUGAUGGAUGCAUCCCAGGGGUAUCAUCAAAUCCCCUUGGCUAGAGAGGAUAGGAAGCGGGUAAGUUUCGUGACAAGUCGAGGGACCUAUUGUUACGUGGUCAUGCCGUUCGGUUUAAAGAAUGCGGGUGCCACGUAUCAAAGGUUGGUCGAUAAAAUUUUUAAAGAGCAACUGGAAAGGAAUAUGGAGGUAUACGUGGAUGAUAUGUUGGUGAAGAGUAAGGAGGAAUUGGAUCAUGUGCGAGAUUUGAAAGAAACAUUCUUAACGUUGCGGAGAUACGGGAUGAAGCUGAACCUGGCUAAGUGCUCUUUUUGGGUGAGGUCGGGAAAAUUUUUGGGCUAUCUGGUGACCAAGAGGGGUACUGAAGUCAAUCCGGAGAAGGUUCGAGCGGUGAUGGAGAUGAAGUCACCAACAAACGUAAAAGAGGUGCAGAUUUUAGCCGGUCGAAUUGCGGGGCUGAGUCGUUUCAUAUCGAAGGUGGCGGAGAAGAGCGGCCCAUUAUUCAAAACCCUGAAAAAGAGCGCGAAGUUCCAAUGGACGGAGGAGGCGCAAAAAGCAUUUGAGGAGCUACGAGGGGUGUUGGCCAACCUCCCUUUAUUGGCCAAACCCGUGCAAGGAGAAGAGCUGGUGCUAUACAUUUCUAUCGGAGAAAGAGCUGUAAGUUCGGUACUGUUGCGAGAGGAAGGAACGACGCAGUUGCCUAUCUAUUAUGUGAGUAGAGUGAUGCAGGGGGCCGAGACGAGGUAUUCGGAGAUCGAAAAAUGCGCUUUAGCUGUGGUUGUAACGACUCGAAAGUUAAGACCUUAUUUUUUGAACCAUAAAGUGAGGGUGCGAACGAACAUGCCAUUGAGAGAAACACUUGGUCGGCUGUCAGUCUCUGGUCGAUUGGUAAAGUGGGCAGUCGAGCUGAGUGAAUAUUCUUUGAUGUACGAGCCAAGGAGAGCCAUAAAGGCACAGGUGUUGGCUGAUUUCAUCCAGGAGGGAACGAAAGUCGAGGAGGAGUCAGAAGGACUAUGGCA